AUGUCAGAUGUAGAUAAUAGAGAAGGUGAAGAUAAUCUAUUUAAAAGCCCCCACAAAAGAUCAUUUGUGGAUACUUCUAAAAAUAAAUCACCUAGCAAAAAAGCCAAGAAACAGGUUAAGAAAGAGGAUUCUCCUACAUUGAAAAAAUUAAUUCAGGAAUUGACUUCACCAACCUAUCAACAAGUUGAAGGCCCCAUCACUUUGCAGUCGAGUGUCUCUGAGAUGGACAUAAGCUCGCUUGAUUUUCUUGAUUUAUAUAAUAAGAUUGAUACUGCCGAAGACAAUCUUCAGAGAACCACCCAUGAUUUGAUUCGAUGUUAUUAUAAUUUUGGCCAAGCUAUUAAGCAGUUGUUCAAUCAUUUUAGAAAAACUUGUAAUGAGGAUGUAUCUAAUGCUCGAGUUAAUGAUAGAAUCAGGGAUCAGAUUUCUUAG